CCCUUCCUUACGGUCUGCGAUCCACCUACGCUGGACUGCUUGCUGCUCCUCACACACAACACUCCAUCUCCCGACUCCGUGUCUUUGCAGUGGCAUCCCUUGCCUGGGAUGCUCACUAUCUUCACCCCCACCUCCUCACUUCCCUGGCUUCCUUUAAGACUCAGUUAGAAUCCCACUUUCUUGGGGUGGGUGGGGCUUUCCCGAUGUCCUCUCCCACACCUUCCUCCCACUGUUACUUCCUACUGAGACUACCAUCCAAACACUCAGUAUUUUUCUUGUAUGUACAUCAUUAUGUGCAUGCUAUCUCUCUCCAUUAGAAUAUGAGCUUCUUAAGGUUAGGGACCGUUCUUUGUGUUUUUGUUUUUUUAAGUUUGCCUUUUAUUGCAUUCUUAGAGCUUAGGACAGAGCCUGACACAUGAUAAGCGCUUAAUGAAUGCUUAUUGACGGACUCUGCCUGAAUUAGAGACAGGUAACUGUAGAUCCAGAUCCUGGUUUUGACAAUUACUAGAAGUAUGGUCCUGGACAAACUACUGUCCAUCUGUUUACUCUUCUGUAAAAUAGAAAGAUGAUAAUGAUUCGGCUAUCUACCCCAGCAGAUUGUUGUGAGGAAAACUCUGCGGGUGACCUUGGCUCGCCUUUGGUUUCUCGGGUUGGACAGAGCGGUAGUUCCUGAUACCUGCACCAGAGCCUCCAGCAGCCCUCUUCCUUUUGCGCCCUGGAGAUGUCUACACCAUAGGCUCGGAGGAGCGGGCGGGGAUAAAGAGACCUUUUGUCUCUGCCCUUGGAGGGGCGCUGCGGCAGAGGCGGGGGACAGCAGCCUUACUGUCGUGGGGCAGCACAGCCGCUGGCUAAGCCUGGGGAGAAAGGUUUUCUUGCGGACCAAAGACGAGCAGCCUGAGAGCGAGGUAUCCGAGCCCGAGAGGAGUCCGUUUGGGGAAAGCCUUCCUCUCUCCCUCCAGGGAGGAGUGUUUGACCCUGGGAGUAUUGGGGGCCGUGGAAAAUGAAGGCGAAGGUGCAGUUUCUUUGGACGGUUUUCCUGUCUCUGGUUUUGCAGACCGGUCUUGGCUACGCGAUUAAGUGGCUCGCCCUGUCCAAGACACCCUCGGUACUGGCCCUGAACCAGACUCAGCACUGCAAACAGCUGGAAGGACUGGUGUCUUCCCAGGUCCAGCUAUGCCGGAGCAACUUGGAGCUGAUGCAAACCAUCGUGCAGGCCGCCAGAGAGGCCAUGAAGACCUGCCGGAAGGCCUUCUCUGACAUGCGGUGGAACUGCUCCUCCAUCGAGCGCGCCCCCAACUACCUACUGGACUUGGAAAGAGGGACGAGGGAGUCUGCCUUCGUGUAUGCCCUCUCUGCCGCUGCCAUCAGCCACACCAUCGCCAGGGCCUGCACCACUGGAGAUCUUCCUGGCUGUUCCUGUGGCCCCGUCCCAGGUGAGACACCUGGGCCCGGGUACCGAUGGGGAGGAUGUGCUGACAACCUCAACUACGGUCUCCUCAUGGGGGCCAAAUUUUCAGACGCUCCCAUGAAGGUGAAAAAAACAGGAUCCCAGGCCAAUAAGCUGAUGCACCUUCACAACAGCGAAGUAGGGAGACAGGCCCUGAGAGCAUCCCUGGAGAUGAAGUGUAAAUGUCAUGGGGUCUCUGGCUCUUGCUCCAUCAAGACCUGCUGGAAGGGGCUGCAGGAGCUUCGAGAUGUGGCCCAGGAUCUCAAGAACAAAUACCUGUCAGCCACCAAGGUGGUGCAUCGACCCAUGGGCAGCCGGAAACACCUGGUGCCCAAGGACCUGGACAUUCGGCCCGUCCAGGACACAGAGCUGAUCUACCUGCAGAGCUCCCCCGACUUCUGCAUGAAGAACGAGAAGGUGGGCUCCCACGGGACACAGGACAGACAGUGCAACAAGACGUCCAACGGCAGUGACAGCUGCGACCUCAUGUGCUGCGGCCGAGGCUACAACCCGUACAUGGACAAGGUGGUGGAAAGAUGCCACUGUAAAUACCACUGGUGCUGCUACGUAACCUGCAAGAAGUGUGAGAGGAUCGUGGAGCGGUACGUCUGCAAAUGAAGCUGGCGGCUGCCCGCCUGCCCGCCCAGGUCCUGAUCUUGGCCUUGGCUUUGGCCUUGGUGUUCUCAGGGCGGGAGAGGUCCCAAGGAGCCAAGCCCUGGCCUUCCCACAUUCCUUGCCCCCUCACCCUUCAUCCGUCCUGCCAAGAUUCCAGACUUCCAAGGAAUAAAGCAAAGGAGUUGACAGGUGGGGUGAGGGAGGGAUAAUAGACAAAGGAGGAAGACCAGGACCUUGUGGGAAGGAAAGCCAAACAGACCAUUUUUAAAAAUUGUCAUCAAUGGUGCCUUCCAUCUUUUAUUUUUCCUUUUGUGCCUUGAGGCAGACAUCUGUGACUGGAAGGGUAGAUUGGGCUGGGCAACUAGUCCUCAGAGCCUUCUAAGUGGCAUUUGCCUACAUGGUAGGAAGCGGGGGUGGGGAGAAAAUAGAGACUCAAUAACCCUGAGGUCAGGGUGUUCACUUUGGCCAUCCAGUCGCCUCCCAGGGAUAAGCGGUUGGGUAGAAUGUCAACGUCAUUGGCCUGGGAGGAGCAGAAGCAAGGAGUGCUAAGAGAGGCGGCAGGGAAGAGGAGGAAGAGGAGGAGAUACAGACUCUAAAGAACCCUGGAAUUGGAGUGUCUUCCCUCUUACCUCAUCCUUGGGAAGGAGAGAGGAAGGGAGGGAGGCAAGGACAUUCAGGGCUGGCCAUGGAUGAAAAUAAGGACAUGGCAACGUAGGGUCAUUCAGAACUCCAGCUUCCCGGAGGGAAGCCCAUCCUUUUUUUCAUGAGUGUAUUGACAGAAGAUGAAGCCUGAAGUCAUCCCAACAUGAACCCUCCUCCCUCUCCACCCUGUAAAGAACAGGACUCAGCUGUGUGCAUGGCAGCGGGGGGGGGGGGGGGUGCUCCCUGAUUCCAGAAUCCCUUUCUUCUACCCAAAAAGAAGACUCCAUCCAGAGCCAAGAAAACCGAUUUUGUCCAGGCCAUUGAGCAAACAGACUCACUCAUGGAGGAUACCCAUUUUCCCCUCCUUUGGAAGGUGGAACAUGCAGAAAUAUUUAUAAAAGUAUAGCUCAUGUUGUGGGUUGUUUUCCCUCUCUUCCUCUUUACAUAUAAAUAUAUAAAUAUAUGAAUAUAUGAUCUAUAUAUUUUAAGCAGCGGUAUGAAAUAAAUGCUGUGGUGGUAUUCUAAAGCCUUCCAGAC